GUUUGUAUAGAUCUUGACAACUGCCAGUGUUGUUUGUUGUGAAAAUGUUCCGGAAUGCGAAAGUAUGAAACUGUGUUAAAUCGUUUAUUUCGCGAAUUAAAUGUUUUGAAUCACCCAAACACGCAUGGAAUCCAAGCUAGAUAGCUACAGAAAGACAAAACGUCGUCAAGCUCUUCUGAACGACGUCAAAGAUCGGAUCUACAAUAUGGUGUCCUUCCACCAAGUGCACAAUGAAGAGAAAGCAUCCCACGUCAUUAUAGAGGCAGAUAAUGAUCCACCGGCAGAAGAAAAUCCAUCCAAGAGGAAAAAAGACGAUUUUAAUCAACCGGCCAAAACAAAUGUAAAAACUGUACGGUUUUGUCCGAGCCCUGAACCAACACUCUCGGAUCCGGAUCUUUCGGAUAGCGCGAUAUCGAAUGAGACGGAGCAGCCCGAAGCAAAACGACGAUCCUCCUGGUUGACGUACAUAACUUAUCUCGUGUACUUUCUGUUCUGGGCAACACUAUACGCCAUCGCGAUAGAGUUGCGUUUCGGAGUGGUAUUUUUGAUGCUUUCGGCACUGUUCGGUAUCUACUUUAAUACCCGCACCAAGAAGGCACCUGGCGAGAUAAGUGCGUACAGUGUAUUCAAUGAAAACUGCGAAGCUAUAGAUGGUACUCUAAAGGCUGAACAAUUUGAACGUGAGAUAGGUAUAAGACACUGACUGUAACUGAACGUGGUUUAUAAACGAAGAAUCAGGUAUUUAUUAAACAUUUUGUGUGGUUCGUACAAUGGGCCUAUCUUGUAACAGGAGUGGUCGUUGAGAAGGAUAUGAUAUUGAGAACAUUUAUUUUAUUAAACGUUAUCUGAACGUCUGAUUACUUUCA